AUGUACACUCUGGGGCUCCUAUUGCUAGGAAUUGUAUCAGUGUCGGUGAAGUGGAUGGUUCGUUCAGAGAAUGGAGGUCUCUUGAAUGUCAUAUUUCAAAUCAAGAGCCAAAAUCCAACUCACUUUCAACUUGCCCCAACAUCGGACUUCGAUUUUUACAUAAAUUUGAUUCUUUUCAAACCACAAUCUCUUCCACUACUUGAUGCUAUUCCAGAGGAAAUGGGGGGAGGGCAAAAGGGUGUGAAGCAUUCCCACGACAAUCCCAAUCUCGAAGCUAUUACUCUGUGGUUGACGAUCGGCUCCUUUUCGCUCCUUUGCAUUUCACUUCUCUUGGUGCUGAUGAGGCCUUGCUGUCGUAGUCACCAGGGGGAAGAGGAGGUGGACUCUGUGAAGUUGCCAAGACAAAGAAAUCAGUCCUCGAGAAAAAUACUAAUUGGAGCAUCAAUUUGCAUGAUUCCUGGCCUACUAUGUCUCCUGUUCUUUUACUUCUCAAGUAUGAAUCUGCUGAUUGAGGCUCUGGGUACUAGCGCACGAGAUCAGACUAAUGGAUCAGAUUCCGUGUCUGUUGCCCUGUUUGAUGUGCCCAAAAGUACACACAGACAUGCUGACUCCUUUUUACAAGAGAGCGUUAAAUCCGGAGACGAUUUCAUUCACAACGACAUAUCGAAAUUAUUAAAAUCAAUAAAACAAAAAUCCAAAGACCUAGCAGUUCAAGAAACAAUUAACGCCUUCAAUUUACCUUUAAUUCGUCAUCUGAUUCAAACAACAGUUAAUUCAUCCAGGAAUCGCAUUGAUAGCUCGGAUUGGCGUAAGUUGAAAGAACUUUAUCGUGAUAUGAUAGCAUCUCUCUUAGCAUUCCGAAGUUCUAUCAGAACCGUUUUGGAAAAUUUACAAAGCUGUAACAAUAACACCUGCAACUCCACUCAAACUGCAGAAAAUAAGAUUAUAAGUGAUUUAGAUAGGAAAUGGAAGAAUUUGAGUACCUAUGCAAAUACAACUCUGCAGUACGCAAAUACUCACGUGGUCAAUUCGAUUAAAUCUGACUUCAAAAAAUUUGUUCCACCGGCCAAAACCACCUUGUUCUCCAUUGGAGUACUUUUAGUGCUUACACUAUUGGUGUUCAUUGGUUUGGUCGUGAAUUCAAUUACACAGGCCUCACGAAUUCACAAUCAGUCAGAUAAUGGACUCUAUUCAGAGACUGGAAAACAUGGUUAUUGUGUGGUCUACUGCCUUUCUGUGCUAUUUCUCCUGAUGAGUGUAGCAGUAUCCAUUGUGGUUGGCAUGAGUCUUUUCGGAUUGAGUGUGCUUUUAGGUGAAGGUUGUACAUACGUCAUGAAAGAAACAGCCUAUAGCAAAACAGACCAUAUAUUGAACGGACUUGGAGAGGACUACUGGGAGACACUAUUGAUGAAGUACUCGGACAAGUGGCUGAAUAAGUCAAUUUUCCCGCCUCCCAAGAACAUAAUCAGAGCUCUCUCGAAAGUUUGCAAAACUGAAAACGGAGACAUUGAUAAAAGUCUGCUAUUUGCCCUGGGAUAUCGGAAUACUUCCAUCGACUUUAAAACUCUACUGGCCAAUCCGAAGGUGGACGAAAUGGUCAAAGGUCUUUGGAAUUUUAAAGAAGCGAGCAGACAGAUAAUCACAACAGGCAAUGUCUCGAACCUCGACAAGUUCAUUACUUCACUUGAAUCACUAGACACAAUAGACGAACUUUACAAUAAGCUUAACAUGACUUCGUACAAUAGUUCUUUUUCAAUUGCGCCUUCCGAGUCUGAACAACUUUUAAACCAUUUCCAUGGAGAAGAGUUAAACAAUCUUAACUCUACAAUUCAGUAUAUAAAAGCUAGUGCUGUAAACAUGGAUCAAAGAAUUUUGCAAAUUAAAGAGAAAUCGAAUGAACCCUGGCAAGGCGUUGAGAAUGUAUUGCAAGCAGUUAGUGAAUUUCGUUCAUUGAUAUCAGAUACGAAGAAAUUGGAGAGGAAGUUUGAAGGAAUAUCUGACAAAACUGUGUUGAAAAUAAAAUCCUGGUUGGCUGUUCAAGCCCCAGCAUACCUAGACGAACUUACAAAGAGGCUGAUUCCUUGUGGAGAAGCACAUAAAGCAUUCUACGUUGUCACUGAAGCAACAUGUGGUGAAACCGGUCUUCUACAUCGAUUCACGGCUUACGUUUGCAUUCUCGGUAUAAAUGUCUUCUGCCAAGCCCUCUUUGCCCUAAUAUUCCUCCUUCUUAACUCUCCCAAAACCACGAGGGGAUGA